CUGAACUUCUUGCACGCUCUAUCUUUUCUCUUUAUCUUUUCACAUUGGAGAGAAAAAGAAAAAAAAAUGAAUCGUGCAAGUCCAGCUAUAAUAUAGAACAGGCAUAUAUUUUGACAUAAUUCCGCGUCCUGCAGGAGCCAUUGCAAACUCCUAUUGAUCGUGCAGGCCUAGUUGACCACGCUUCUCGAAUUAUUGAUUAAUUUCAUCUCGACAGUAUUUACAAUUCUUUUCCCGGUUGUUGCACGCGUUGCAUGCUUGUGCAUAACCUCCAACAAGAUUCGUAUCAUCGGCAUAUGUCCACGAGGGAUCGCAAGAUCGUAGGAUUGCAAGAGAAUCGUAUAUCACGAUUAUGGAACAAUACAUAAAACUAUUGUUGGGAGAUGAUGGCAAUUCGCAGCUUCUGUAUCCAGUCUUACUGAUCGUUGUGUUUGCCGUUAUAGUGCUAGUUUUAUUUGCACUGUGGCGCAGAAGGAAGUCUACUGGUUAUAUUAUCCUUUUAACGGGCCUCAGCGACAGUGGAAAAACAUUGAUCUAUGCGAGAUUAUUAUAUUCGAAAUAUGUCCAGACGUAUACAUCUAUUAAGGAAAAUGUAGGGAAGAUUACAGUCAACAACAGUUCUUUGAGAAUAGUGGAUAUUCCUGGAGACGAACGACUGCGCUACAAGUACUUUGACAAGUACAAAUCGUCAGUCAGAGGUCUGAUUUAUGUGAUCGAUACGGUGACUAUUCAGAAGGAGCUCAGAGAUGUGGCUGAGUAUCUGUACAAUUUAUUAUCGGAUCCCAAUAUACAAAAGAACGUUCCCGUCCUGAUAUUGUGCAACAAGCAGGAUCAAAUUUUGGCUAAAGGUUCCACGGUAAUAAAAAUGCUGUUGGAGAACGAAAUGAAUGUGCUGCGAAUGACAAAAACUAGCCAGUUAGAAGCCACUGACGCGUCGUCAACCAACGUCUUCCUCGGGAAACAGGGAAAGCACUUUGACUUCUCGCAUUUGGAUUCGCCGGUCCAUUUUGCGGAAUCGUACGCAUUUACCAAAGGUAGUGGACCGUCAGUCGACCUCGAACAGCUUAACGAGUGGUUAAACAAAGUCGCAAACCUAAUGUAACGCAUCCAAUCUUACUGAAUAUAAAUUAUUGUGUUUACAAGUAACUUUGUGAUUACACAGAGAAUUUUUUUUAUAUAAACUUUCGAAAAAGAUCAUGUCAUCACAUUAAUAUAAUAAAUAUUUAUUUAAAUACA